UUUCCAAGGAUUCGUCCGCAUUGACCUCGGCCACAUCCUUCGUGCCCUUUAAUUCGCAAUUUACACAUUGGCAGACUGGAAAUUUAUCCAGCGAGUUUUAUUUUACUUGUAUAUCUACAUUAGAAAAUGGCGUUGCUAACACCUCUACUUGCAUUCCUCUACCACUUGCCGCAGGUGUACAAGUGGCUGCUAAAGCCAUACUAUGUCGCGUCUCUGUUCAUGUCAGUCGCGUUUCUCAUGAUCCGCAAGACGCCAGGCAUCUGCGAGCAUCUUUCGACACAACGAGAGGAUGGCAACCCCUGCGACUUUGACUGGAGAGAAGUGGAGAUUCUUAUGUUCCUCAGUGCCAUCGUCAUGAUGAAAAACAGAAGAGCUAUAACGGUGGAACAGCAUGUGGGGAACAUAAUUCUGUUCAGUAAGGUUGCCAACGUUAUCCUCUUCUUCAGACUGGACAUCCGCAUUGGCCUGCUCUACCUCACCCUCUGCAUCGUGUUCCUGAUGACCUGUAAGCCUCCUCUCUACAUGGGCCCAGAGUACAUCAAGUACUUCAGUGACAAGACCAUAGACGACGAGUUGGAGAGGGACAACAGGGUGACGUGGAUUGUAGAGUUCUUCGCUAACUGGUCCCCGGAGUGUCAGUCCUUUGCCGCCGUCUACGCAGACCUCUCCCUCAAGUAUAACUGUGCUGGGCUCAAGUUUGGGAAGGUGGACAUCGGCCGGUAUGGAGACGUGUCUAAGAAGUACAAGGUGAGUACUUCUCCCCUCUCCAAGCAGCUGCCCUCGCUGCUGCUGUUCCAGGGAGGCAAGGAGGUGAUGAGACGCCCCCAGGUGGACAAGAAGUGUAGGGCCGUAUCCUGGAGCUUCACUGAGGAGAACAUCAUCCGGGAGUUCAACCUGAACGAGCUCUACCAGAAGUCCAAGAAACUCAAUAAGUCCAAGGGAGACUGGAACGACAAGAUCAACGAAUCACAGUUCCCGCCGUUGCACGAAGAGGAGGAGCCCGAGGUCGACGCCCAGGGGGAGGAGACGGAGACCAAGAAGGACAAAUAGAAUUGUCAGGGGUAGUGGCCUCAGAAGAAUGCUGGGACAUCACAAUGGGACUAGCUGGUGUUAUGUUCUAUCGAGGGAACAAACAUGAUUGUUACGAAUCCUUUUUUAUUUUGCUAUGUACAACACGAUUUGAGUUGCAAAAUGUGAUUAUGAUUAACUCAAUAUUAACUAAUAUCUCAACUGUACAGUUAGAUUUGUACGUCUCCGUCAUACUUAUGAGUUGCAUCGAUCUUCCCUGGAGAAAUUCUAUGCUCAUCAUUGGUUGUGUCCCAAAUGGUAUUAUAUUACCUAAUAUAGUGCACUAGGGAAAGGGCGUGUGACUUAUGACUUAACAAUUGAAUGCAUUUUAUUUAGGCUUUAAUAUUGGCACACUACAAUUACACACUCCAUUCCUAGUGUUUCACUUGAUUUAAAACUUGUCCCAUUUGGGAUAUAAGUGUGAAUUUACACUCCGUCCAGUCCAUGCUUGGUGAGACAAAUUGCAUUUACCCAUCGAACUGAAGUUCCAUUGGCUUCGUCUGAAAUGGCUUCACGGUUCAGACAUGGUCAAGUAUUUUACGCCAGCUACCUACCUUCAACUGGGUUAAUGAUAAUGUGUAUGAGCCACGACCUCUGUCCCAAAAGGUCUUUGUGAGGAAACUUUUUAUUUUUAAGUGGUUGUCACCGAAUAGUUUUCAGUUCAAGAUGAUGCUGGAGUGAACAGAGCAUUUGGCUAAUAACACUUAAGUCCAUGUGAGAACUAGACCUGUUAUUUUGUCAUCUACAAAAUAGUCAUAUCAGAGAUGGUUGAGGGAGGCACUGGUAGUCUCUAUCCCUCACUCCCCUCCACCCUGACAGAAUAUCCCUCACUCCCCUCCACCCUGACAGAAUAUCCCUCACUCCCCUCCACCCUGACAGAAUAUCCCUCACUCCCCUCCAUGACAGAAUAUCCCUCACUCCCCUCCACCCUGACAGAAUAUCCCUCACUCCCCUCCAUGACAGAAUAUCCCUCACUCCCCUCCACCCUGACAGAAUAUCCCUCACUCCCCUCCACCCUGACAGAAUAUCCCUCUCUCCUCUCCACCCUGACAGAAUAUCCCUCACUCCCCUCCACCCUGACAGAAUAUCCCUCUCUCCUCUCCACCCUGACAGAAUAUCCCUCUCUCCACCCUGACAGAAUAUCCCUCACUCCCCUCCAUGACAGAAUAUCCCUCACUCCCCUCCACCCUGACAGAAUAUCCCUCACUCCCCUCCACCCUGACAGAAUAUCCCUCACUCCCCUCCACCCUGACAGAAUAUCCCUCACUCCCCUCCACCCUGACAGAAUAUCCCUCACUCCCCUCCACCCUGACAGAAUAUCCCUCACUCCCCUCCACCCUGACAGAAUAUCCCUCUCUCCUCUCCACCCUGACAGAAUAUCCCUCUCUCCACCCUGACAGAAUAUCCCUCACUCCCCUCCACCCUGACAGAAUAUCCCUCUCUCCACCCUGACAGAAUAUCCCUCACUCCCCUCCACCCUGACAGAAUAUCCCUCACUCCCCUCCACCCUGACAGAAUAUCCCUCACUCCCCUCCACCCUGACAGAAUAUCCCUCACUCCCCUCCACCCUGACAGAAUAUCCCUCACUCCCCUCCACCCUGACAGAAUAUCCCUCUCUCCUCUCCACCCUGACAGAAUAUCCCUCUCUCCACCCUGACAGAAUAUCCCUCACUCCCCUCCACCCUGACAGAAUAUCCCUCUCUCCACCCUGACAGAAUAUCCCUCACUCCCCUCCACCCUGACAGAAUAUCCCUCUCUCCACCCUGACAGAAUAUCCCUCACUCCCCUCCAUGACAGAAUAUCCCACUCCUCUCCACCCUGACAGAAUAUCCCUCACUCCCCUCCAUGACAGAAUAGGUAGAAUUACAUGUUUACUUUCAAACGCUCCCAUCUAAACGAUUAAUAUUUUGACACCAGCAUCUCUAGGCGAUGUAACAGAACAUUUGACUACCUGUUUGACAUUCCCUUGGUUACUGUAGAAUUCUGUCUCAACCUUCCGUUCAGAAUGUGUAGAUUGAUUCUGUGAAUG